CAUCUUUAAUAGUCAAGUGAAGUCCAUUAUCAUUUUUUUUUUUUUUUAAAAAAAAAGUCCAUUAUUAUUUGUUUUAAAUUGAUUAAAAAUUAGAUACAGACAAGAGAAUUUUUUUUUUUUUUUUAAAAAAAAAGAAAGAAAAAAAGAAUCAUCCUUAACCACAAUUACAAUGCUAAAAACCAAACAAAAGUACCACUCUACUAUCUCAGCAAGCCUCCUCUCUCCACCAUGGACUACUACGCAUACGCCCCUUCCACAUCCUUUCCGGGUACCAACACCAUCAUAAUCGGACCGCCGCCGCCCUUCCCGGCGCCACCGCGCUCCGUCGAUCUCUCAGCCCUCGAAUUCAUCUUAGGCAUUCUAGCCGUGAUCUCCAUCCCAGCCUUGAUCUACACCUUCUUUUUUGCCAUCAAAUGCCCUCAGGACCCCUUUCGUCCACGUCGUCAGAUCUCGAGUGGCAGAACGAGUAGCGCCGCCGCGAGCGACACGACGGAGGCGGAGAAACCAUCAGACUCGGACGUGGUGAAGUACAAGAAAGUAAGAGACGGGAAGCAGAUGGGCGAGGAGUGCCCCGUUUGUUUGAUGGGUUUCGGCGAAGGAGAAGAUGUAAAGGCGUUGAGCGAGUGCAAGCACGCGUUUCACAGUGACUGUAUAAAUCCAUGGCUGGAAUCUAACUCCAAUUGUCCUGUUUGUCGAGCCGUCAUAACCGUCGUGAAGAGCUCUUCAGAUGGUAACAAUAGUAGUAGUAAUAGUAAUAGUAAUAGCAAUAGCAGAGUGGUUAGGUCUUCUGGUAGAGAUGAUGAUCGACAUCAAGGUUUGCCUGAUGCUUCCAAUUUGGUUUGAUAGUAUUUUGGUAGGGAUAUACACACACAAACUUUACUAUUUUAUUUUCCCUUAUAAUAUUAUCAUCUCAUUAUGGUGGCUGUUUAUUUUUCUUUUUUUUUUUCCGGAGGGUUUUAGAAUAGAGGUUGAAUAUGCAUUAUUAGACGUUUAUAACUUUUUUUAUUAUUUAAUUUUGGGGGUAAUAAUAGAAUGAUAUGUCGAGCAUUUUUAAAAUUGGUGG